AUGAUUUCCCGCCCGGUACUUUACGCCAUUACGAUGGCCAUGUCCGCCAUGACUGCAUCUGCUGGCCCCUGCUCUAGCGACCCCUGUGCCGCUCUUUCAGCUGCAGGCCUCCAGGACCCCAUCCUCAGGCCCAACAGCACCGCGUACCAGGACCGCAUCAACACCCUGUGGUCCGCCUCGGCCCGCCUGGCCCCCGCCUGCAUUGUCACCCCCAAGGAUGCAAACGAGGUUGCGCUUGUCCUGAAGGCUCUGCAAAAGACCCCCAAGGCCAAAUUCGCCAUCCGCGGCCGUGGCCACAGCCACUGGGCCGGUGGUGACAAUGUCGACGGCGGAGUGCAGAUCGACCUGAGCCUGCACUUUGUCGGCGUCACCUACAACCCCGACACCAAGCUGGCUUCCGUCCUGCCCGCUAGCCGCUGGGGUACCGUAUUCGAGGAGCUUGAGCGCCAGCACGGCGUCGCUGUCGUCGGUGGUCGUGACGGCAACCUCGGUAUCGGAGGUUUCCUCACUGGCGGUGGCAACUCCUUCCACACAGCCAAAUACGGGUUCGGCUGUGACAACGUUGUCAACGCCGAGGUCGUCCUCGCCGACGGCCGCAUCGUCAACGUCAACAAGGACGAGAAUGCGGAUCUGUUCAAGGCGCUAAAGGGCGGCUGGGGCAACUUUGGCAUCGUGACCCGGUUUGAUCUCUUCACGUUCCCCAGCUCCCCCGUCUGGGGAGGUCUCCGCGUCGCCACCCUGUCCCAGGGCGCCGCAGUUGCCGACUCGAUGGUCAACUUCACGGCCAACUACCACAAGAACCGCGGCUCGGCCUAUCUCAUCAACUGGACCUACAGUCCUUCCAUGGGCAAGGACCCUGUUAUUUCCCUGUUCCUGGUUGAUACCGAAGGCGUCGAGAAGGGUCCGGCCUUUGCUGAGGCUCUAAAAAUUCCCGAGAUAAUGGACGCCCUUUCCGUUAACCGCCUGGACAAUCUCGUCGACACUUAUGCCCUUCCUGCUGGCAAGCGCCACGUCUGGUACACCCUGACCUUUGCCAACGACGCUCGCGUCGUCAACAAGGCCGCAGAGCUCAACACGGUCUUCGUUGCCGACCUGCUCAAGGUCGUCCCCGCAGAGCAGCUCGGCACUCAACUGCUCGUCCAGCCCAUGCCCAAGAUCUUUUUUGAGCACGGCGUGGAAAAGGGCGGCAACGUCAUGGGCAUGGACCGCGUCGAUGGCGACUCUCUCCAGCUGCUGAUCGCCUGCACCGUCGAGACCGCCGAGCAGGAGAAGUUUUUGCACGAGAGGUCCGCCAAGCUCAAGGACGACGUGGCCGCCUUCGCCAAGUCCAUCGGCGCCCUGCGCGACUGGGAGUACCUCAACUACGCCGACCCCACGCAGGACCCCUUCGACAGCUACGGGGCUGCCAACGUCGCUUUCCUCAAGCAGGUGUCGGCCAAGUACGACCCGACCGGCUUUUUCCAGAAGCAACAGGGUGGUGGCUUCAGGCUGCCCAAGGCUUGA